UCCAAAUUCAUCAGAAUUGAAGCAAAACAAGAAAGAAACAACAAAAAUGGCCAGGAGACACGCAAAUACUGGAUUAUUUACCGUUCUUGAUGAGGAUUUCCAACCCAAAUGGGAGGAGAGAGAAGAAGAAUGGGCUCAUCUUCUUUUUGUUUAUCUUCCCGACUUUUCCAAGGAUCAAAUUCGGGUUACGUACGAGCAUCCCAUGCGUUCCGUUAGAGUUGAAGGAGAAAGGUCACUUGGGAACAACAAAUGGAGCCGUUUCAAUCGAGCUUUCUCGGUUUCACAAAAUUGCAUUGCGGAGGGAAUUUAUGCAGUGUUUCAGGGUGGAAAAUUGACUAUCACAAUCCUGAAACAGACCGGCUCACCGCCGCAGCCUGCCGCUUCUUUUUUAAAUGGAGAGGGCCAGUGGUUCGUAGAAAAAAGCGAUAUGAAUAUUAGUCCCAGAGAUUCUAAACAGAGCGUUCAGAGCGACGACAGGAAAACUAAGGGUGAGGAGAUUGAUGCUUCGACUUCUUCAAAAGCUCCAUACGUACCCAUAUUGCAGAAACAAGAUGAAACGCCUCCGGUGAAGGAAACAGAGAAGACGAUUGAAAAACAGAAAGGAGACGAGGUGAAGAAGGAAAUUAGCUUCAUUGAAAAGGCCAAGGAAAUGACGAACGUAGCUGCAGCGGCGAUAAAGACUUCAUUGGAGAAUGAGGAUCGGCAGUUGAUUGUUAAUAUGGGUGUGGCAGCUUUGACGAUCAUGGCCUUUGGGGCUUAUGUCACCCACAGCACUUGAUCGUCUACAAAUGCCAUAGAUUAAAUUUAAUUAGACUAU